UCGACGAAGACGAGUCGAGUUUUGGGUGCGGGGUCGACUGACAGCCGAACCGUGCUUCAGUCGGCCGGCGAACUCGCGUGCCGAGCCUUCGCGCGUCCGCUUCGACGGGGGUUACUCCCUCUUUCUCUCUUUCUCUCUCUCUCUCCCUCUGUCUCUCUUUUUCGCGUCGCCCGCCCUUCGGUGCGUUAUACCGGCGGCAUACCGGCGCGUACCAGGACGUUCUCCGCCCUAAUCCAACGUCUGGCGAACGGGGAAGUUUAUUCCCCCUUUCUUCCCCCGCUUCGCAGCGGAAGAAGCCUCCGGAUGAUCCGUCCUAACGUGGAUCGUGGAUACUGACGGGAGAGGAGCGCGAGCGUGGAUGUUUCGCCGCCGUGAUAUCGCGAGCGUUCUCGUGGACGGACGAUGACCUGACUCGGGAACUCGUCGUCGUCGUCGUCGUCAUCGUCGUCGGUGAAUAGUGCACGAAGUGUCGGAUUCGAGGAAGUGAGUGGUGCAGUGUGCGCGCGCGAAAUGUUCAGGUCGUCGUACGGUGCUCCGAGGAAAUAUCUCCGAGAACCGGCUGGCCGGCGGACGUAGUCGAUGAUUGAAUGUCUGCGGCGAGCGUAAACGUUUCCGCGAGGUUACCCCGGCCAAGUUACUUCGGACGCCGAGCGUGAAGAGCACUGGAAUCGUGCAUUAAGGCACUCCGCCGAGGCUCUGUCGGGUGUCGGAGGGAAAAAAAUUCCCCGGCGUCUCGAACGGCAUAUCCAGUCGUUUCGGGAGCAAUGUACCGAUGAGCCGGUGAGGAAGAAGCGUCGAAAGAUCAGGACAUUGCUAUUCGGAGUUUACCGGAGAGUGAGCAGAUAAUUGGCAAACUUUCGCGGAGGACACCAUCGACACGGGCCCGAGAGGGGAGGAGUAGAGAGAGAGGAAAAAAAAAAGGGGGGAUCGCUCAUCGCGAUCCGCCCCACUUGCUCCGUCACGUACGAGAUUAAGCAAGCUCCCGGUCAGCAAGUUCGGGACGCGGGUACGUGACGAGUCAUCCGUGAAAACAUAUCAGUGGAAUAUCAGUGAAAACGGUGCAUCGCACGGUCCGUCCGAGAUUCGUCACGUAUCAUAUUGGUAAACGUUCUCGGCAGGCGCGUGUGUCGUUAAUUCGCGUAAACCCCUCGGCGCGAUCGCGGAAGAUCCGGGGGGAGGGUGAGGUUCGAGUGGAGAACGGCGACGUCUCUCUCUCUAUCUCUCUCUCAUUUCCUUUACAAGCGAGAGCAACAUAUCAUCUCUCCGUCGCGAGAAAUAUAAUAUAGUGCCGUGCGCGCGUGAGUUCUCGUGGGCUUUACGAGCGCGCGUGGGAUCGAUAGUCGCCCGCGAUAGCCAUCACAUUUUUCCCGACGGUCCGCAUUGUUUCGCCGGACGGGGAGAAAAAAAAAAAUAUGCCAUCUCCCGCCGGCACGAGUGCCGUGGCGCGGUCCGCAAGUGCGCCGGCAAGUAGUAGAGGCGAACGUUAGUCCCGCCCGAUACGAACCCGCGUGUUCGGGGCGACGAUCAGAACUCGCUAAAUGCGGUAUACGAAACCCGACCGGCUCUCCUGUCGUGCACGCAUUGCAAGGGACCACUAUUAAUUGGAAUUCAAUCUUUGCGACGGUCGGUGUAGUGUGGGUGAAACGUUCGACUGAAUGGAACUGCGAGGAUCGAAGCUCGUUAAUUAAAGGUCGACGGCGAGUCGAGGCGAGGAGCGCGAGCCACCAGGUGUAGUAAUAAUUCACCUACUAACCCCGCGACGCUUUGAAUCCGCUACUAACACAAAAAUGAACUCCUAACUAACCAGCGCAACAGACUCCGAUCACCGCUGUCGUCGUCGACGCUAUCGUCCACGGGUCAUCCCCGCGGAACGAUCAUGCGAAUCCUCGAAAAUGCGCAGGACCAACAGCAACGGCCUCAAGCUCGACCUGACGGAGAACACGCCAGGUAGCUCGUUGUCCCGGCUGCCGAAUUUGGUCGAGCAUGCGGAGACCUGUCAGGCGCUGUCCGCGGGAACCGGUGAGAAUUUGAGCAGCAAACUGCCUAACGUGGUCGAGGGCUCGAUGGACUAUGGUAACGAGCGAAGGUCCUCCCGUUACCUGGAGUACCAAGAGAUCAAGUCCUAUCAGGACCCCCAGUCAUCCGCCUCGGUGGCACCGGCUUACGAAGGGGCCUACCACGAUCAGUCGAGGGGAUACCGGAACUAUGAUCGUAAGGGCGGCGUCGGCUUCGAUCGAGAGAACCUCGAGAGAUACGAUAAUAGGAUUUACCCGGAAGACGGGUUAAGAUACGGCGCCGAUCGCCGCGUGGAUCAGCGCACCUACCAGGAAUCAGACCUGGACGCGCCUUACGAUCGAAACGACGCGCAAAAGCUUAGCAGGGCUUAUCCGGAUCUCCAGGAUCCCAGCAGGCGGUACUCGCGCGACUUGACUGAUUACGAGUAUGCGUCGCGCUACGCCGAGGAGACGCUAAAACUGGAACCGAAGAAGGACCACCUUCACCAUCACCAUCCGGGCAAGAUCUAUGAGCCGGCUGCCUCCAAGGGUUACGAGUCGGGCGUGAAGACUCACGAUUCCGCUUACGAUCUGGGUACCUGCGCCGGACAGCAGGAGCCACCAGCCAGACAGUAUGAGAGCAAGUACCACUCGGUCAGCAAGAUGUAUGGCACAUUACCCAGGUAUGAGAGCAGCAAGUCCUAUGAGCCGACCUAUGAGUCUAGGCCCACCUAUGAGCCCAAGUACGACGAGCAGUCGUACGAGUGCGGCGCUAAGGGCUACGAGUCCAAGUACGAGCUGACGAGCUCGAAGAGCUACGAGAGGGCCAAGUAUGAGAGUACCUCGACGUCCAGAUACCAAGACAAGUCGUACGAUCAGACCUUAAAAAUCGGCGAGCUGGGCUCGUCUUCCUCCGGCGCGUAUGUCAGAAAGCAUCAGGAUCAGGAAGAGACUGGCGCGGAGAAGAUGAACGGAUACAGGAAGAAUAAUUUUGAGGCUUACGGGGUUUAUUCGGAUCCCGAGGACGAUCAUGGUUUCCUGGCGGACAAGAAGGGGCCUCAGUAUACUUACAAGGGCGUCGUGGUGAACGUUAGCGGGGAGUCCGCGGUGGUCGAUCAGAAACGUUCCAAGGACAGCAGGCAGACCGAGGUAAUAAGAAGUCCUUGGUGCAGGCCAACGAUACUGCUGCUCCUGUUGGUACUCCUGGUCGUCAUCUUCGUCUUCGUCGCUGGAAUACUGUUGUACUUUAAUUGUGAGUUUCCACCACUGUAUUUGAUGUGUCACACAAUUUUUACGACAAGUCUCGCGUUUUACUUUCACGUAUGCUUUUUACAAGAACGCUUGCCCCGCUUUUCGUUUAAAAAUAAUUCGUGUACGUUCUCUGCAUGAAAUGUGUAUUUCAACGUAAAAAUGCAUUCUACAUCGUAGAAACUUUACGCAAUAGAAAUUUCACUGUAACUUUUGGCAUGCCGAAUUAAUCGCAUGCAACAAAAUUCGUCGGGGUUUUGGCGCCAACGAAACACGAGAGUUUAUUCGAAAGUUGUUACGUCUAAUAUUUAUUUAUAUUAUACAUUUUAAAACUUGUAUCUUUAUUAUAAUUUAUUACGGACAAUAAUGUAGCUUUUCGUACAACAAAUUUGCCAAUUCCUUGAAUUCAGUUUAAAGCUCGUUACUCUAAAUUAAAUUUCACGUCGUGGAAUAAGAGGAAGAAGACAUUAUGCAUUCAGACAUAAAACAAUUGAACUUUAAGUACAACUUUCAGAAGUAGUUUCUGAUAUCGGUCGCUUAUCGCGGUGAAAAGGUUAAACAGCAAAUUUAUUAUUGUCUGACACGUAACACGUCGAAUAAUUGUGUCCGUCGAUUCAAAUUCAAUUAAAUUCACUUUCCUGACGACAACUAAUUAAAAGUGAUGCCUAACGAACGCUCGAUAACGAUUCGUGAUGGAACAUUCGAGAACGAAGAGAGUCGCUGCCAAUAAACUUUCCGCGCUAUUUCUUUUUUCGUUUACCGUCCGUUAAUAAAACGUGCCAUUUAUCCUUGUAUAUAGUGCUCUAUGCUCUAAACGCAAUGCACUUUCUGCCGGCAACAGAUACCUGAGCAAACACCUAGACGAUUUUUCUUCUUCAAGAAUUGGAGACGAGAGUCUUAUAUUUAUCAUCAUUUCUUGAAUUUCUCAUAUCUUCAUUAUCUUCGAGUUCGCUCGGUUGGAGAUUACGAGGGAGUCCUUUAAAACUUAAUACUUUUUUAACUCAUGAAUGUUUCGACGCGUUUUCUUCAAUCUGUAAGAUUCACGAUGAUAAUAUUAAGAAAAAUGUCAGGGGGACAACGCGAGGAGAAAUAACUGACAACGUAUACCACCAUAUGUGCUCGCGAAAGCUGUAUUUAUUUCUCUCGAGACAUUCUAUAUUGCACCCAAUGUAUUUUAUCGUCGCGCUACAGCGUUCGUGAGCCGACUCGGCGAUAACGGCGGGUGAUUUAGCUAAUGAGCAUCCGAUACCAAUUAUUUACGGUCGUCCUCGCGUUUGCCAUAGUAAUAGCCGCAGUACGACAAUAGGCGACGGCCAGCACGGCAACGAAGACGACGGGGACAACAGCGAAAGACGACGGGGAACGGUGACACGUGCCGGCGAUACGUUAAGCCGGAACGGUUAGUGUCUCCACGGCAGUUUUAUGUGUCGAAUUUGACAUGCUGGGCACGUAGGGACUUGCCACUAGCGAAACUGUUCGGUCGGAAUUACAAUGCGACCAGCGGAUGGAGGGCGGACCUGGUGGGUUUAAGGAAAAUAGGUAGAAAAGAAUGACGGACCGCGCCGGACAGACCAAUCCGUUUUCGCUUCGUGCACGAUCGUGUUUGUUGAGGACGAAUGGCAACAUGGAAGAUACGCGAAGUCGCAUUACCCAGGGAAGCUACCAAUUUUCCUGUGAUCUAACGUAAAGAAAGGCUGAAGGCUCGUGUCUUAUAUUUGGUUGUUUACGGGACGUACUUGUAGCGAAUUUGAUUCGGGAUCACACUUUGUGAAGUCUUUCGUGUAAAAAAAGAAAAAAACUUUAUUCCGUAACAGGAAAAAGUUUUACGAAAGAUUGAUACGAGGAUUGGACGUAACGUUUUUUUACUUUACCGAGUAGCGAGUAACUAAUUGAACAACAACCUCGUUGAUUCACGCUCGUUGAUGCACGUGCGCGUGCGGCCGCGAGUUAUUAAUUUCAACGGCAAGCUCGCAAAUGGAUCCUGUUAAAAAAAUUUUGAACGGCAAAUGUAUGGAACGCGGUUGUUAACGUAGCAUUGGACCACGGGAUUCUUUCGUGUGGAAACAUCCGCGAACCGGAGAAAAAAAGCGCUUAGGAUAUUCCGCGCUUUAUGAAAUAUUGCGAUAAAUGCCGUUAUGAAAACAUGUGCAGAAGUACUUUUCUGCUUACGCGGUUACGGUCAAGUUCUAUAUCAAAACUAUAUCCUUCCUCGCAGAUAAGCUUGUUACAGGAUACAGCACGGGGGUCGUAACAGUUUAUAGCCUCCGCUAUGGCAGUCGGCUGCCUUGUGGUUUGCAUAGAUGGUUUUAUUUCCAAUUAUUCCGGUGAAUUGUAAACUUUGCGAAGUGAAUAUUUUUUUAAUUAACAUUGUACAAUGGUUGCGUUUUGGCGCUCGCGACGCUUGUAAUUAUUUGUCCUUGUUUAAUAGCUGAUAAAUAACAAGAAUGAAAUGGUGCUCACAGCGCUGGUGAGCGCCAAACCAAACGCGGCCAAUGUGAUAUCGAUUCCAUGCAAUAUAAAACGCGUGAAAUAUGGAUGAAAUAAUUAUAUGCAGAAGUGUUCCAUGUAACUUGAUCAUUUAUAAUUUUAGAUUAUCUCUGUUGUUUUUAACGAAAUACAAAAAA